GCGUCUUGCUUUUGCACCACCACCUCGACGGUCUCGAUAACUUUGUUUCGCCGCCCUCUACAGCCCUGCAGAUCCUAAUAUAUGAUAUCCUCACUACUGAAACUUCUCUCUGAGAGACGAAUGCUAUCCCGAGUGCGACUGAAACCUGGGUCUUUGCGCGGAUAAUACACAUGGUUUAUCUGAACUCAGAUCGGCACAUGCAGCUCUGAAAACAUCACCCUCACUAACUUUAUGCCUAUAUAUUGGUCGCACUCAGGUACACGAGGCAAUGACUGAGUCGCGGUUCUUGAAGCAAGCGGUUGUAUUAACCCCAAAUAUGUUUUCUACUUCUAGAUUCAGAUCCAAUCACUGCGCGUGUCUUAUAUGAGUGGCAGCUAGGCCACUGGUUCUUUCUCUUUCAUACCCAAACCACUUCAUACCUCUCAACGUCCAAGCAAUACCCUUACGUCGCGACACCCAUCCAUUGUGAACGACAUGCCUAGUAACAAACAAAUAUCCUAUGUCAACUCUAGAAAACAAACUAAGUCAAUCAAGUCCGUCUCAAAGAAACGUCGUCGAAAAGAGUCCACUUCUUCGGUUGAAAGCACGGUCAAAACUCCUGUAAGGGAGGGAAAGCAGACUACCGUUCGAUCAGUUACUGGGACGCCGAGAGCCAAACGACCCAAAUUUGCCGACGAGAACUCUCCUCCCUACCGUGCUUCUGUGCGAACCCAGGUUGCUUAUCGCUCGUUUCCAUUUGGACGUCCUCCUCGGAAGCCUUUGAAAGAGUCGGGGGCAGGACGUCCUGAUUCGGAUGCGAAGUUGGUCGUGGAUUGUAGUGCGAAACAGAGGGAACAAGGCACUUCGGUGAAGACCAAGAGACGCAAUUCGAGUACGGCCAAACCGGAGGAAUCCAGCCCACUCUUCCUUCCUAGUCCUGAUGGAGAACAGGAAGAAAUAAACAGCGAUGACCCCGCUCGUGUAUCCCUCUUCUUUUUCAUCGAAGAAUUGGACGGAGGGUCGGAUAAAGAUCCUGACUUCGGGGGAUUGUCUCGAUUGACUGGACCGUCUUCGCAAGAGAUAUAUGGGUGGCCGAAGUCUUCGCAGUCUCUCGCGCAAGAUUCCGCGCCAGCUCACCCCGAAGGCCCUGCUGCUGUUGAUGAUUUGCUGAAUUCACGCACAUACGACUAUGAUGCGACUCAUGAUCCCAGGCCGAGACCAGCCACACUUUCUCCUUCCGUGGCGCUGGAUGAGACCACUUCUCAGGCUACGUCAGACGUCAUUUCUGAAUCCCCAGGUCAGGUCCCUCCUCCCGAUCCCGCUGUCAAAGAAUCCGAGGCCAGGAAUUCGAACCCAAAGGGCGCUGAUGCUGCUAGUGUCGAUUCCUCCAAUUCUGCGGCUGCGAAACCUCCAUCCGCCACUCCUAUCGUGGACAAGCCUCAGGCUGCCGAGGCCGAUCCAGCUGGUGAUAGCUUCGUCCUCAAUUCUGCAAUUCUGCCUGAUCCAGUAUUGUAUGAUCGGCUGAAGACUAAGGGUCUUGAAAAACACUACCAGGAGCUACAUGGGAUAUUUUACACCAAAAAUCUGGUGGUUGCCGCUGCGAGGUGUCUUGGUUUGCUAUAGUGAAGUAGGUGCAAUUAUGGUUCGCAAAACUGGAAAACCUAAGCUGAAGGAGGAUGAAUACAGAGGUCUCCAAGAUGCAGAUAGCCACUCAUGACUGAUCGGAUUAUGUUACGUCACGUCCUUAUAUGCCUUCUUCUAUGCUGCUAUGAUAUCCUUAGUAUCUCGUAUGUCAAUAUAUAUGUCUCUCUCUCCAGUUGUAUGAUCAAUAGGCAUCCUUCCUACCCCACCGCUAUGAACUACAAUAAUAUAUGUACAUGUUUGUAUA